AUGAUUGAUCUGUUCAAAACAUCGAGGAUCGCCUCUCUUAUCAUGAUUGACUGCGAAAUUCCUGCCAGCUUGGCCGAAUGGCUGGAGCGUGAAUUUGUCCCAACGCUGGACAAAUAUUAUAUUGGGUCUUCUCACAGCUUCAUCAAUUAUGGAGAUAACAAAAUCUUGACUGACGACUGGCUCACGGCACUGUUGCAGAAAAUGCAUGGCAGUGAAUCUGUCGAUGAAGACGACGAGUUCAUCAGUCUUGGCAUACCACAUCGAUUUUCCAAUCUUGGCUCCUGUGAGGAUCAAGAUGAAAUAACCAAAAGAUAUAUUGCACACCUCAUCAAAAUCCAGAAGAAUGCCUGCUGA